AUUUAUAAAUCGAUCAGCCAAUAUUUAUUAUCAUAUUAUAAUACUUGGCAGCACUGUUGCGAAAUGAAAUAAUUCAGUGCAUUUCAUAGUCAUAUGUUUUGUGUCAUGAAAGAGUUGCUGUCAAAUUUAGUGUCAUUCGUGAAUAUUCUGUAAGUGAAAAGGCAAAGAUAUCACGAACGAUUUCGCGACAAAUCCACUCUGUUUAACUUACGUUCUCGUCUGUAUUUAAGUUACCGAAUUUUGAGGAGAAUAUAACCUAUCUUUCUUAAAGUUGCAAAUUUCUUUUUUAUCAGGUUACCAGUUCAGUGUGAAACUUAAACAAAAGGUGUCACACUUGUCCCAGAGUCAACAUAGAAAAGUUUUGUAAAAAAUUGUUCAGAGAAAUAUAUUUUAAAACAAAGAGAUAAAAGAAGAGGUCAAUUGAUUAGAGAAUUAGAAAGAAUUCACAAAACAUUUUGUAUACAACAUGAAUAGGACAACGAACAGUGCAACAGCGAGACUGAAGCAAGACUACUUACGUCUUAAAAAGGAUCCUGUACCAUAUGUUGUUGCAGAGCCAGUACCCUCGAAUAUAUUAGAAUGGCAUUAUGUUGUGAAGGGUCCAGAGAAAACUCCCUAUGAAGGAGGAUUUUAUCAUGGAAAACUUAUAUUUCCAGUAGAAUUUCCAUUCCAGCCUCCUAGCAUUUAUAUGACUACUCCAAAUGGCAGAUUUAAGGUCAAUACAAGAUUGUGUUUGUCUAUCUCUGACUUCCACCCUGAUACAUGGAAUCCAGCGUGGAGUGUAUCUACUAUUCUUACAGGAUUACUUAGUUUUAUGAUUGAAAAUAGCCCUACCAUGGGUAGUAUCAAUACAUCUGAUCACGAGAAAAAACAAUUUGCUGCACAGAGUUUAGAGUACAAUUUAAAGGACAAGUUAUUCUGUGAACUUUUUCCAGAAACUGUUGAGGCAAUAAAAGCAGAAUUGGAACACAGAAAAGAAUUAGAAAAACAGGCAAGGCAUCAGACCACGGCUUCAGAAGUUUCGUCACUGUUACGCGAUCAAUUACAAAGGGAUCAAAGUCCAUUGUACAGUGUGCUCACCAAUCUUGUUGUCAUUAUAGGAUUCGCAGCAUUUGCUUUCACAGUAAAAUACGUAUUAUGGAGCGUUGCUAUGGAAUAAGUGAACGAAAAAUGAAUACAUAGCAUACUUUUCGAUAAAGGAAAAAGAACGAGGAAAGAUGUUGUAAUAACGAUGCGUGCAGAUCUUGAAGAAAGGUAUUAAAAACUGAUUUGGGGCUGUUUGUCCACAUUGAAUCCACACCACACGGGCGUUUGAUAGAUUUUUAUAACAAAGUUACUUGUAAAAUACGAGUUGUGUACUAUAUUCGCAAAUUUUAAAUGUGGUAACCGCGAAACUACGGUAACAAUUCCCCAAAGGGUUCUACCUGUGAGCGUUUAUCAUCAAACAAAAUGUCACUGAGUUCUUUAUCCAGUUGUAAAGAGAAAAAAGGAAGAAAAACAAAUCAUAACGCUGUUAAUUGAUUCGAAUUGAAUUUCGAAUUAACACCAUUGGCUUUCAGUCAAGUUCUGUUACGCGAAUUUCCAAAGCGUAGUUCAACUAACCUGAACUAUAAAUAUUUAGCGAUUAUUUGAACAAUUAUGUAAGUAACUACAUGGUAUAAGUAUAUAAGAAGGGGAUAGAGGGAAAAUGAAAGAGAUAGAGUAAUAAGGUAAAUUCGUGGGAGCUUCCCAAUGCUAUAAGUAAAUCAGUGAAGAUUCAAAUCUUGCUACUGCUUUCUAUUCUUGAUCUUUCUUUCCAUACAUCCACAACGGACUUUUCGCACGAUGCUUCAACAACAAAAAACACUUCCCGAAUACGUUUAAAAAUAAAUAGAAGUUCGUCUCUGCGAUGUGCCAAUGAGAAACUAAGUCAAAAUUUCUAACUGAAUCGAACUAAGCUUAGUAGAGAAUAGCUUGUGUCAUUGAUGAAACGUGCCGAUCUUGUAAAUACGUGUAGUAGACUAGUAAGACGUGUGUAAUAUCAGUUGAUAACAAAGUUAAAAAAAAGCAAAGAAAUUGAACAGAUCAGUGUCAGUAUUCAUUGUUUAAUUGUUUCGAGAGAUAAUUUUAGAGAAAUCGAUUCUUUGAAUAUACAUGUUGUGUGUUCUCAGCUUGCUCAGAAGUUUCGUUCGAAUCGGUUAUCAUAGCUUUAUUGGACGUAGUGUACUUUUGCUGUCACCCGGUGUGAUUGAAAAAAGGAAAAAAAAAUGAGAUUUAAUUGUAACUCGCAGAUUAACACAUUACGAUUAUACUUUACCGAGUAAUUAACAAUUGGUAACGUGUACGAAACUAUAUUCAUGGAAACAGAACUGACAUAUAAUCCGUGAAACGAUAUUUAUGUUAAGGAAUUGCGUCGGUUUUAUUUAUGGAUUAAAAAUAAUGUAAUAAUUUUUCUACACGAAAAAAGAUGUCUAUUUUUUGCUUCCUUGCUAUUCGAUAUAUUUGUAAAAAAAAAAAAAAACAGAAAAGAAAAAGGAAAUUAUUUAAAAUUUCUAAAUAUUUAAUGUACAAGCUGAUUAAUUUACUUAAUUUUAAGAAUUCAAGUAUUCAAUUUCAAUAUUUUGACAACAAAUUUAGUGAACAACCAGUGUAAUACACCCAGAAUAAUUUAUUAGCACUGAAAAUUAUGCACGCGAAUUUGAAAUACGAACAGAAUUUGAAAAUGAAACCUUCGCGCUCUUUUUCGUCAUGUCCUCGCACCAUCUUGAAGCGCAAUGUGUUUAAAAGCAACUUUUACGUUCUAAUGAGUAUUUUUAUAAAGAAAUGAUCGUUUUCUCUUCCAAUUGGAUUAAUUUUGUUCAAUUAUGGAUAGAAGAGGAAAUCAUUCACUUUUAGUUGUAAAACAAAAUCUGAAGUAAGUUGUAUUUUCACUUGUUAUUGACGUUCGUUAUCAUUUUCUGCCUCCACAUAAAAUUUACAAAUGUAUAUUAGUUACAUACCUUCUAUUCACUCGUAUACAUGAAAAACUACUUUUAUUUCAUUACUCAACGUGUAAAUAAUAUAUAAUUAGAAAAUAUAGCUACCUUAUAUUAAGCGAAAAAUUGUGGUUAUAGUUUAAGAUUGACACUUAAGAUGUCGUCGUGAUACAAUUUUCUGGUCAAUUUUUCGUCGCACAAUUUGCGCUUUGUAUCAUCUAUUUCCUUUUUAUAUACAGACAUAUAAUAUACUAUAAUAAAUAAGGAAAUCGUCAUCGAA